AUUUUAAAUCACAACAUGCGUGAGCUCGGCCGCGGGGGCUCACUCGUAGCAGCCACCAUAGCGGCGUUGCACAACCGCUCCUCGGUAGAUGAAAAGCCUCGGUCGAUCAAUUCGCGCGCGCCUGCUGUAGUGACCAGAAAUGUGCGAUCUGUGCAAAGAAAUAAUUUGAGUGUGGAUCUUACACGGCGCGAGUCGGGCGGAAGCGAACGCCCACAAUCCACAGCAUCGGAAGCUUCGGAACGCGACUCUACUUCCGUUCAGUCCAGCGAGGAGCAACCCCCACGCGAGAGCGGUGACUCGGACAGUCCGGAUGAAGCGACCGUGAAAUGUACUACGUGGACCGACGGUGCCGUACCGGCGCGGGCCGACUCCUCCAGCUGCGACUCCAGUUCUUCAAGCGAUGACGAUUCUGAGGAAAGAGAGUACAACACGCGGGGGGGCGACGCGGACUAUAGAACGCUAACGCCAAGCAAACGUCUAGAUAAUUCAACUCGAAGGGAUGAUGACUUUCGAUGGAUGCCCACUGGAGAAUUGGUGGAUGACACAGAGGAACCGAUGGAACAAAGAACUGAAGAAUAUUCGGCGGCCAGCCUAGAUAGGCGACGGCGCACAGCGGGCGACCGCAGUGACCGUGAUCGCAAGUCGCGGUCGUCGUUGUCUGGCAAGCCGCCGCAACAUCCUACGAGUGUUCGCGCUUCGCCGCGACCUCGUCGUUCCCCCAGAAACGAAGACAGUCCGCCGGAAUUGCAGCGGCGAUGGAAUUCUUAUGAACAUUUUCGAUAUCCCGAAGGAGGAUGGUGGCCUCCUAUGUGUUGGUGCCACGGCCCGCCGAUGCCGCCGCCACCGUGCUGCAUGCAUGAUCAUUCAUGGCCAUCGCACCCUUCGCUGCCACCGGCACCUUCGCGACCUUACAAGAACGAUGCGGAGGAUCGUGUGCGGCGACUGGAAGUGGACAAAGAGAGCUUACAGCUACAAGUCCAGGUGUUGUCGGAGCAGAUCGCAGCGCAGAACGAGAAGAUGGGAGACCUGGAACGAUCGCUGAACGAAGCCCGGCAAAGGCUUGAUGACGCUGAACAAAGACUGCAAAAGGAAAUGUUACAGCGUUCUUCGUUAGAGACACAGAAAUUGGAGUUGCUUUCAAAACUCAGCGAAGUUCGACUGCGCGCAGCUGAGCGUGGCAUCUUAGAACGCUCGCCUCCGCCCGAUAUAGCGCCUCUAGUCAGACCGGCCCCGCCCAGGACUCCGCCGGCAAACUACGGUCGUCAGAUCGAGCGUAACACCCUCAUGUACUCAUCUUUGCCACGCUCAUCUGUUCUGUCGUCGGAGGCGCGCGUGGCGUUCGGUAAAAACAUCAACAACAUGGUGGUGGCGCGGGGACAAGGCCAUUCGGUGCCCAACCUAGCGGAGCGCUCAGAAGUGAUUCCCCGCGGCAGUCCAUCGCCUUCACUCCGCGAAGUGCGGUCUCGUCUCGGCAGCGGCGGCGGCGUCAGGAUCGAGGGCGAUGACCUUACUAGGAGUUCCAUACGAGCUUCCACCACGAGGCACCCUCCACCAACAAUGCCCUGGCAAACGACUGACGUUAGGCAAUGGGACUGCGAUACUACAUGUGGUUGGUUGGAGAGCCUUGGUCUCGAAGUGUACGUCCUUAACGCAAGGGCAUGGCUGGGAUCGACACCAGACGCUCGGGGCGUCAUAGCCGCUGCUUCACAUCAAACAAUUGAGAAGGAAUUGGGAAUCAAACACCCUAUGCAUAAGAAAAAGAUAGUCUUGGCUUUGACGGAUCUAUUGGGCGGUCACGGCGACCCGCUCCUGUCGCUGGCCGGGCAGCUGGACACGGCGUGGGCGCUGCGCUGGCUGGAGGACGUGGGCGUGUGCGGCGCGCGCGCGGCCGCCGCCGAGGCCGCGCUGGACGGGCGCGCGCUGCACCGCCUGGCGCACGCCGAGCUGCACGCGCAGCUGCGCGUCUCGCACGCGCUGCACGCGCUCUCCAUCCGCAGGGGCAUCCAAGUCCUAAGAGACAACAUGUUCAACCCGGACACGAUGAUACGUCGCGCCGUCGAGGGAGAACAACCUUUGCCGGCCGUAGCCGGCGCCGGCGCGGACGGAGACGGGGAGCGGCAACUGGCGCGCUGGUCCUCGCACCGCGUCAUGCAGUGGCUGAAGCAGAUCGACCUCGCGGAGUACGCGCCCAACUUGAGGGGCGCCGGUGUCCACGGCGGGCUGAUGCUGCUGGAGCCGCGGUUCACGGCGGAGUUGCUGGCCGCGCUGCUGAACAUCCCCGCCAACAAGACGCUGCUAAGGCGGCACCUCACACAGAGGUUUAAUGAUCUGCUCGGCCGAGAAGUCAUACAGCAAAAACGAAAUGCGGAACAAACAUUAGGCUAUCAGCCACUCACUGCAACCACCAAAUACAAGGUACCAAAGAAGAACCAGUUCUCCCUGAAACGUAAGAAGAGCAAAGACGACCUUGACCUGGGCGACCUGGUGUGUCCGCUGCACGACGACUGCUCAGAAUCAUUGCUGUGAUUGUUGUUAUUAGUUUGACGAUGAAAGUAAAGUCAGCAACAGCGGGCGUCGCGUCGGCUGUCUGUCCCCCGCGUGACGACUCCCGCGCACACUAGCGCACACACACACACACUAGCACACACGCCCGCACGCACACAUACAUACAGACAGACAGACGCACACGCAUGGCGGCUCUCGCGGUAACUACCGAGACGGUCGUGUGAUAUACUAAUCGAUAGACAUGCGACUCCAAUCGACAAACUUUGAUAUAAUUUGUGUAACGAAAAUAGAUCUUCAUUUUGGACGAGUUGGUGCUAAAUUUUGGUCGCAUGGUAUUUUUAAUUAUUAUAAAGUAUGUGAAUUAACGUGCUAAUAACAAUUGAGACUAACUGCCAAAAAUCAUGUAUUCUAUUGGUUCGUAAUAGAUUUAGUGUUAGAUGUUUAAAGAGUAAAAUUUAUUUAAAAGAAAGAUAUUUAAAUUAUAAUUUUGUAGAGAUAUGUUGUCGAGUAAUAUUGUUCAAUACAUUAUAUUUAUUGACUGAAUGAUUGAAUGGAUCCAUUAAAGGGACCUGAACAGGACAAAUAUGGCACAUUCCAAUAAUAGGAUAUUCGUCCUUUGGAAAACAAUUAAAUCCCGGUAUUUAGAAUUCUUAGCCAUUUCAAAAUCAAAUAAAUAUGCAGUUAUUGAGGAUAAGUAUAGUAUAUGGUUUGUUACAUAGUAUGUUACAACAGUACUUAGUGCAUUUUUUAUAUAAAUUAUUAUAUUAUUUAAUGUAUGAAGUAGUGAAUUAGGAACUGACUGAAAGAUGACAAUAUUAUCUGGUCUCAUUUCUACUUGCUGCAAACAAGCAUUAAGAUAAAGUACCUUUAUGAAUGUAAGAUUUAAUUAAGAUGCAUUGUAUGCAUGUUUCUAAAAGUAUUUCUUGUUAGUGUUUGACGAGUGUAUUUUUAAAAUUUAAAUAAUAUCAUAGAUUAAGAAAUUUUUCUGGAAUUUUUCAUAAUUUAAAACUUGUAUUUUAUUAACUUUUUUACAUGUAAUUUUAAACCUCGAGUUUUUUGAUGACGCUAUUUAUGCGAGAUCACAAAUCGCGCGAUCGUCAUAUAUCAGAGGCUCAUAAAGUCAUAAUAUUUCACGUGUAAAUUGCGUCAUCUAUACAAGCUCAGAGAAAAGUCAUAUCACAAAAUAAAAAAGCAUAAAUUCAAAACAGUAAUCUUCAUUGGAAAAAUGCGGAAUAAUAUAAGGCGAUAGAAGUGGUGUGUAUAAGCUAUUGCAACUCGCAACUGAUGGUUGUGAACUCUCCACGUUUUCAUAUUGCGUCUAAAAUUCUGAGAUUUUUUGGCAG